GUAUACUUAAACCUGCACUUCUAGUCUACAACCAAAUACCAUUAGAAGUAAUCGUAUUACAAGAUGAGCUCCUCCACUAAGCGUUUUGACCCCAAGAACAUGCUCUUCCGUUUCCUCGGAGACACAGGCCUCAAGGUCUCUGUGCUCUCUCUGGGCGGCUGGCUCACGUACGGCAGUGACGAUGGUGUUGCAGAGGUAGAGCAAACCAGGAAAUGCCUCGAAGAGGCAUGGAGUCACGGCAUCAAUUUUUUCGAUACUGCUGAAAUCUACGCAGAAGGUCAGUCAGAAGUCAUCAUGGGCCGUGCGCUCAAGGAGGCCAACUUCCACAGGACAGAUUAUGUCUUGAGUACCAAGUUGCAUUUUGGUACAACGAACCAGUUUCCCAACAACCACGGCUUGUCUCGCAAGCACAUCAUUGAAGGUAUGACUGGUUCCCUGGAACGUCUCGGACUCGACUAUGUCGAUGUUGUGUUUUGCCACCGAGCAGAUUUCUGGUGCACACCUAUGGAAGAGACGGUGCGUGCCAUGAACUACCUCAUUGAGCAAGGCAAGACCUUCUACUGGGGAACCAGUGAAUGGAGUGCCUUUGAGAUUGAACAUGCCCAGCAUGUCGCUACUAGACUGGGUUUGAUUGGUCCCAUUGCUGAGCAGUGUCAGCACUCGAUGAUGGUGCGUGACCGUCCCGAGGCUGAGUAUGCACCGCUGUACAAGCUUUACAAGUACGGUACAACUGUCUGGUCGCCUUUGUUCCAGGGGAUCCUGACUGGCAAGUACAAUGACGGCAUCCCGGCUGACUCUCGCUAUGGCAAGAUUUCGAAAUCCUCAGCAGACAAGUUUGAAAAGGAAGAGACAAAGGCACAGAUUGAAAAGGUGCGCAAAUUGACCCCAAUCGCAGAGAAGCUUGGUGGAACUAUGGGCAACUUGGCACUUGCCUGGCUCAUCAAGAAUCCAAACAUGUCUACUGCUAUUUUGGGUGCUACCAAGCCAGAGCAAAUCACUGAGAAUGUUAAGGCAUUGGAGAUGCUGCCAAAGUUGACCCAAGAGAUCAUGGAUGAGGUGGAAGCCAUUUUGGAUAACGCUCCCAAGAUGCCAUCUACGAUGCCUGCCUCGCGUGACAAGAUGACGAUGAACGAGACACUGGAGAAGCUUAAGCUUUAAAGUCAAAGUGGUUAGUAUUCCUGGCUAAAUAUAUUUCAGAUGGUUACUUGGUACAAUCGUGACGUCGUCG